AUGGCGCCCUCACACGAUCCAUUGGUGAACAAGAUAUACGAUGUGUACGAGUCAAGUCGAUUUCCACCCGAUAAUGAGCGUGAGUUUGUCCCGGCGUGUUGCCUUGAGAAACUGAUCACGGAAAAGGCCGUGAUUGCCGAACUUGGAGUGGAUAUGCUCGAUGAGAGAGCUGCCAGGGAGGCCGGGGAGCUCGCAGCUUGGAUUGUCAAAUUUUGCAAAAAGGUUUUCGCCACGACAAUCCUCUGUGGAAUUCCUUCCGUAUUCUCAGUCAUGCAAGAAUUCAAGAUCAACGGCUUCGAUGACACCCAUCUGCCCGUUCACUACGAAGAAAAGAAGGAUGACAACACCUGGCCCGACAUUUUUAAGACUGAGCACUGGGACCGGCGUUUGAGGCGUGACUUUAGGAAUAAGCAGUGGCAGGUUCAAGUACCAAUAUUCAAAGAUGCAGAAAUAAAGGUCAACCUCGACAUGGAUCACAUUCUUCCCAUCAUAUCUGUCGACGAGGACACUAGAGAGGGCACAUUUGGCAAGGUGUACCAGGUGACUAUCCACAGGGAUCACAUGGAAAGCCCCAUGCUCAAGAUGAACGGUGAAGUCGCCAAUGCCGCCAUCAAGGAGUUGAAGGCUAUAAGAAAAGGCGAUAUCAGGGAUGAGAAAACCCUCGAGGAAUGGGAGAAAGAAGCAAAGGCUCUGACAGAAAUGUCCGAACUGCGCCACGAUCACAUCAUUCAAGUGAAAGCGAUAAUUUCCAAGGGCAAGAGACAGUAUUUCAUGUUCCAGUGGGCGGAUGGGGGAAGUCUUCGGGAUUUCUUCGAGACCCACGAGAGAGUUCUGGAUCAAAACUUUGUCCAGAGAGUCAUUGGGCAGCUGGCCGGGCUGGCGGCAGCCCUCGACAAGCUUCACAACUGGGAUGAAGGGGAUGGGUCGUGGCGGCAUGGCGACCUGAAACCCGAGAACAUUCUGCGCUUCGAAGACGGAACGCGUACUGGCAUCUGGAAGAUUGCAGACAUGGGCCUGGCGAAGCAUCAUUUCGCUGACACCGGCCGCCGGUCCGGUCCAACCAGCACGCAAAAUGGGACCCCAUUGUACGGCCCCCCUGAAGCAGUCACAAGCUCUGCUACAGCACGUUCCCGUCUAUGUUUCGGGGACCCCGAGAAUUCCAGCAAUCCAGUCAGGAUAAGUAGGGCCCUGUCCGUAGGAUACCUGUGGAUCGACUCUCUCUGCAUUGUUCAAGGGCCCGGUGGUGAUUUCAGCGAGCAAGCGAAGCUGAUGCAAGACGUAUUCAGCCAAGCGUACUGCGUCGUGGCCGCCAGUUCUUCGACCGGACAGGAUGACGGGUUCCUGCGAGGACCUGAGGAACCACCGGAGUCACUGAGUAUCCCUGGCAAAGACGGGGCCAUAAUCCACAUAGGACGUUUCAUGGACGACUUCAACAGCGACGUCCUGGAAAGCCAACUUAAUCGGCGGGGCUGGGUGUUGCAAGAGAGAGCGCUGGCAAGGCGUACGAUUUAUUUCACCGACAGGCAAACCUACUGGGAGUGCGGCAUGGGCGUCCGGUGCGAGACUAUGACCAAAAUGAGGAACCGCCUCGCCUCCUUCCUCGGCGACCCCAACUUCCCAAAAGUCGCCGCCCACAGCACCACCGGGGGCCGCAUCCGCCUCUACCAAGACCUCUACCAGCAGUACUCACGCCUGCAGCUUUCCCGCCCCACCGACCGCCCCAUGGCGAUCGCCGGCCUGGAGCGCCGCCUUAUCGACAGCCUCCGCGUGCAUGGCGGCCGCGGCGUGCUCGACGAGGCGCCGCCGGGCCUGCUGCGGCGGAGCCUGCUUUGGGUCCGGGGCCGCGCGGACAACCCCUCGGGGCUGCGGCGGAUCGACUUUGCCGGGCUCGCGCACCCGCCGCCGACUUGGUCGUGGAUGGCGCACGAGGGGGGCAUUGAGUAUCUGGAUGUCCCGGGCGGCAAGGUCGAGUGGGAGGUGCGGGACAUCGUCUCGCCACUUGGUAUUCGAUGUGCCGAGCAGUUCGGCGCCGUUGCCGCAGAACGUGCAAUGCGUCAUCCUGGGGAGAUUGAGUAG